GCUCUUCUACAGCAUGAAAGUAAUAUAGAACUUAUUCAGCUGCGCAUAGCGCAUUCGUUGUGCUUGGCAAGAGUUUACUGCGGAACAAAAUGUCUUCAAAGAAGAUGAAAAUGAUCCAGCCACGCCCCGAGCCACCAGGACUGGACAGUGUUCGGAGUGAUCUAGAGAAAGCACCAAAUGAUGACGUGGUAUUCACAUUUUUCAAGUCGGUAUUGAACGAUGACCAAACAGAAACAUCGACGAAGGCGAGUCUGCCACGCAGUCAACAUGUAGAAAGCAGCAGUGAUGUCUUGAAAUCGUCCUUGGCGAGCGAGCUUUCGUCAGCUGUCCCCACAAAGCAGAGGUCACAGGACCUUGAUCACUGUUACAAGCAGACCCUGGAAUUCAUCCAGAUGAACGAGUAUUUGAAAGAUUCACAGGACACACUUGCGGACCAGGCCACUGAGCUACAGAGGCUUGGGCAGGCCAUUAAAGAACAGGUGGAGUCGUUGAGGACACAACUCAGCUGAUGUCAUUUCUGGGCCACCCGUGGAUAUAUGUUGUGGCAAAACUGAGUAACUUGUGAAACAGCAAGCCAGAAUGGACAACAUAAAAACUUGGUGGGAUGGAAUAUAAGGAGAAAACAUUUUUAAACACUUUCAUACUGGGAUGCCAACAAUUCAUGUGUGAAAUCCGACCUUGGAAGUAAAAUGCAGACUUCAGCCUAGAUGUUGAUGUGAA